CGUACACCGAAGGCAAAUUAGAAGCAUAGGCGGAACUCUUAAGCUCUCGCAGAGACGUCAAACCCGAUGUACUCGGCGCUGCACACGACAAAGGAUUCCUCGCCACUCUUUCCGAUGCGGUCAAGUGCGUUACACCACAUCGAGUUGGGCGUUUCUAAUGGAAAAAAAAUCGCAUCAUAUUUUUUGGACAAACUUGGAUAUUCUCUCAGAGGUCGAAGAGAAACAGCAGUGAACACACAGUGGGUGAUCGGAAGCCAUAAAUCCAUUUUCCUCGUCACAGAAAAUAAGAAACUUUAUCGUCCGGAAUUUGUGCCAUUUUCUCAUUUCUCGUCCUCAGUUAAUCAGGUUGAUACCGUUUUUAACGUUGCGUUGGAAGUAAAAAACCUGGAACAUGUCACAAACAAAAUGCAAAAAGAUGGAGGAAUGCUAUUCCAUCCGGUAACAGAAGUAGAAGACAAAGCGGGAAAAGUAAGAUAUUCAAUUGUUGGAUCCUGCUGUGGCAAUAUCAUCCACACUCUCCUGGACAAAUCGCAAUACCAGGGAUCAUUCCUUCCGACAUUUCAAGAAUCUGUUGCAGCCCGAGGUGAAGAGCCUUUUACACAUGUUGAUCACCUGACUUAUGUGUGCCGUCCCGGUGAAUCCCAGAACAUCAUCAAAUGGUAUCAGAAUUGCCUCGGCAUGCAAAAAUUUCAAAUGAAUCCAACCGAAGACUUGAAUGAGGGUCUAGUAAUCAAGGGUGGAGUGGGAAUGAGACUGCGCGUUAUGGAUUACUGGCCCUGUGCCGAAUCCGGAAUUUCUAAUGCAAAUCCUGACGCAAUGGACGACACGUCAUUAAAAAUCGUAAUCGCUGAAUCUCUUCCAGAGAACGAGAAUGCUCAUAUCAGUGCCUUUCUCGAAGGUCAUGGUGGGCCGGGUCUUCAACACAUAGGGCUCGCCACAAAUGAUGUCACAAGCUGCGUAGAUGCCAUGAUUCGCAAACAAGUUCAAUUCCGGGCACCACCUAAAGCCUAUUAUCAAAAUGAAAGGAAAAGAAAAGAAAUUCAAGCGGCAGGUUAUAGCAUUGACGAAUUUCAGCGGUUGGGUAUUCUCCUUGAUUCUGAAGCGGAUACCGCAGAUAUAACUAGUCGUGACAAGUAUCUUCUGCAAAUUUUUACAACACCGUUGUUCAACGAGGAAACAUUUUUCAUGGAAGUGAUGCAGAGGAAAGGGGCGCGAGGAUUCGGAGCCGGUAAUGUAACGGCAUUAGCUCGCUCGAUCGAGGAAGAAAACCUGACUCUGAAAGCAAUUAAACUAUAACACGCUAAACAUUUCUUUCUUUACCUAAUUCUAAGACUACUGUACAAUGGAGUAUUUAAGGGGGAACUUUGUUCUUAAAUAUUAUGAAGUUUCUGAAUAAGCUUAACCAACAACUGUGUCGUCGGACAAGCUAUCGGUUUAUUGCACAUUUUAUAUUUGCGCUGGCAUCAAUACAUAUGGUAACUUCAGUCGUUUAUCUACAUAGAA